AUGCAUAAUAGUGGAAAAAGGUAUUCAGAAACUGCUAAAAAAGUUGCAGCAGGAAGGGCAAGAAAACGUAGGCAAGCUUACGAGAAAAACCAAUUAGAGAAGCAACAACUAGAGGCUCAAGAGGCUCAGAGAUGGGAAGAAGGGGCAAGAACACCUAAUCAGAGGAAGCUAAUUUUGGAACAAAAAAAGACAGAGAAGCUGAGAGCUAAAAAAGAAAGAGAUGAAUUAUUAUCCGCUGAGGAGAAAUUAUUAGGUAAAGGCGGCAAGGGAAGGAAAUACUAA